UUCACUUCAACGAUGAGAUUGUGCCUUCUUGUGCUGGGCUGCGUGAUAGCUGCCAGCGCCUGGCCGGUCGACCAACUUUCGGUUCGAGAUCAUGGCAUCAAUGGUUGGUUUGUCCCUCAAAGGGAAGGUGGCCUAAGAUGGAUUGGUAAGGCGGAGGCGGAGCGCCAGUUGGAAUACUACGAGGCUCAGGAGGCGUUGGAAGGUCGUCUGUCCACCAACACGGUUAACUUCUACCUUUACACGCUGCAGAAUCCUAGUACAGGACAACAGAUCAAGGCUACCCAAGACUCCAUCGAUGGUUCUUUUUUCAAUCCUCAAAAUCCAACUAGAAUCACCAUUCACGGUUGGAACUCGAACUACAAGGAUGGGGUGAACACCAGGGUAGCCGAUGCUUGGUUCCAGUACGGCGACUACAACAUGAUCGCAGUAGACUGGCUUCGUGGACGUUCCUUGGAAUACGCUUCCUCUGUGGCCGGAGCCCCAGGAGCUGGAAAGAAAGUAGCCGCACUUGUGGACUUCCUAGUGGAGGGAUACGGCAUGAGCUUGGACACUCUGGAAAUUGUGGGCUUCAGUUUGGGCGCCCACGUUGCAGGACACACCGCCAAGCAGGUGAACUCUGGCAAGGUGGGAAAAGUCGUGGGCUUGGAUCCCGCCUCCCCCCUGAUCAGUUACUCAAACACCGAAAAGCGUCUGUCCAGCGAUGAUGCAUUAUAUGUGGAGUCAAUCCAGACAAACGGUGCCAUUUUGGGCUUCGGCCAGCCAAUUGGAAAAGCUUCCUUCUACAUGAACGGUGGUAGAUCACAGCCUGGUUGUGGUAUCGAUAUAACCGGCAGUUGCUCACACACCAAAGCUGUUCUGUAUUACGUGGAGGCGCUGCUGUGGAACAACUUUCCUUCGAUAAAGUGCGAAUCCUCCGUGGACGCCAACAAGAACAACUGUGGCAAUACAUACAGUUCAGUCUUUAUGGGUGCUUCCAUAAACUUCUUUGUCGCAGAAGGUAUCUUCUAUGUGCCGGUAAACAAGGAAUCCCCUUACGGACUUGGAGAACUGAACAGUGGCGGAGAGGCUACAACUGGUACUCCUGAAAUUACUUCUACUACUGUUGAUGGUGAAGAUGAGUCGACGACUGAGGUCUCCACAUCGACGACAACGGAUAAGCCAGAGGAGUCGACAACCGAAGAGCCCGAAGAGGAUUCCACAACAAACGGAAAGCCCGAAGAAUCCUCUACUACAACCGAACAGCCCGAAGACUCGACUACUACAACCGAAGAACCAAUAGAUUCGACUACGGAAGCCCCAGAAGACGAAAGUACGACCUCUUCUCCAACAGACGGAGGAGAGCAAUCAACGACUGAAGAGCCGGAAACGACCACAGAGAAGCCCGAAGAGACCUCUACAUCACCAAUUGAUACUGAGGAUUCAACAACUAAGGAGCCUGAAGAUGUUUCUACUACCCCCAAGGAAUCCGAGGAGUCCACCACUUCAAGUCCUGAAGAUGAUGAUACUACGUCAGCACCUGGCGAAGAUGAUGAUACUACCGCAGCUCCAGGAGGUGACGAAGAGGAAACAACCACCGAGGACCCCGAAGAGACCACUACAUCACCCAGUGAUGCUGAUGAUUCAACAACCGAGGAGCCCGAAGAAGAUACUACAACGACCAAAAAGCCAGUAGAACCCUCAACUACAACCGAAGAACCUGAGGAUUCGACUACUGAAGUUCCCGAGGAGUCUACAACAGAAGAACCCGAUAAGGAGACAUCUACAACAAACGCAGAACCAGAAGUAACGACUACCGUUGAACCGGAUGUUGAUAGUACUGUUGAUCCAGAAGGUGACCAAUCGACAAGGGAGGACCUCGAGGAUGUAUCCACAACCGCUGUGCCCACUAAGCUACCUUCGACAACGGGUGUUCCUCCUGAAGUUCCCAUUACCACUCUGGCUCCAGAAGUUCCGUCAACAUCACCACCACAAGAUGGAAAUACCAAGAACAUCUUCAUUUUUAACGUGUUUUUGGUGAAUGUAAAGAUAGAAAACAAAAGUUGAAUGUAAGGCAAUGCUUCUUACAUAGUUUCUCGCCCAUUUGGCGAAGAGAAAAUAAGAAUAAAAUUCAAAUAAUAUUGCAAGUCC